UGUCUGACGAAGUUCGUGUGUCGUUCUAGUCGGAAUUCGUUGAGAAAAUAUAGAAAAAUAUAGGUAAAAGCCGUCAAAACUAGUGGAAAACCACAACAAUAUAGAGUAUAUUGUUUAUACGGACGAAUGUAAUAUUUCGUUCAAGAAAUCGCCGUUACAUGACCGAUUCUGCGCGAAUUUGCUGGCCAGAGGUGAAAUUUUUGGAAAGAAAUCGAAAACCUGCUGUGUGAUCCAUUUCUGAGCACCUCUUGAAAAGUGCAAUAGUUUUCGAAAAUGUCUACAAGAAGAAGAAGUAGAAGUAGGGAUAAGAAAAAUAUUCCUGCCAAGCUUAGAAUGGAUACGAAACCUCAAACACCUCGAAUUACAGACCCGAGUUUACCGGCAGGUCGUAGAAGGGAAAUAGACAACGUUAUGAAAAAGGCCCGAGCCCAAACAUCCCCAACUUCGGGAGCAUUUUGGGAUAAAAAACUGCUGGAAGUCGAAGCUAAGGAUCCCAACAGGUGGCGCCACAGCGGCUACAAGUCUCUCUACAUCGACGGCUCCUCGUCGCCCUCCUCCGGCCGGCGCAGCCGCUCCCGUUCCGCGGCGGGCCGGCGGAGCCGCUCGCGCUCGCCGAGCGGCCGCCGGUCGCCCCGCUCGCCGCCGUACGCCCGUCGCUCGCCGCGGUCGCCCCCGCCGCGCCGCUCCUCGCCGCCCCCGUCGCGCCGCUCGCCCCCCAGCUACAGGCCGUCGCCGCUAUCCGGCAGGCGCACCCCCCGGCCCGUCCGGCCGCGAUCGCCGCCCUCGCCGGCGCAGGCCUCCGCCUCCCGCCACAAGCCGCCCCCCAGGAGGUCCGCCUCCGCCAGUUCCAUCAGCAGCUGCUCCGACGACUCGUGCUCCGUGUGCUCCCCCAAGGCGCACAGGGGCGCCAGAUCCAGGUCCAGGUCCUUCUCCCCGCAGAGGUCUCGCAAGCCAGUAAAAGUAAUCUCUCCACCCCCGAAGGCGGUUGCCCGUGCUCGGCCCCCGUCCCCCUCGCUGCCACCCAGACGCAUGCCGAGACCGAUGACCCCUCCCCCGGCCAAGAGGAUAAGCAGCAGGCCCAGCCCCUCGGACAGGCCUACCGACCCCAGGAGGCAGCCGCCUCCCCCCAGGCCCAGGGGAAGCACUGGGGAGAUCAUCAACGUGAGGGGAGUCAAGCCGCCCGCCAAACCGGGUGCCAUAAAGAAGCCCGCAGAGAAAGGCCCCGUACAACCCAUGUUGCUGAAGAGGAUCAAGAAGGAGCGGACGGGCAAACGGCCCGGCUCGCCCGGUGCGGAAUCCUCCGGUUCCGAGGACAGCAGUUCGGGAGUCGCGAAGCCGAUCGUAGCCACAACCGGCCUCACCCUGUCCGAGAGGUUCGGGAAGAUAGCCCAGUGGAGCGCCGACAGGGAAAGGAGGGACAUAGAGAAUAUGAGGAUCACGAAAACCGGCAGCAACAUGAAGGUGAUGGUGGAGGAGGAUGAUUUUCUCUACGGAAGCCCGCCUAGAAGGUACAGUCUGUCCCCGAUCCCCUCGGGGCACUUCCCCGACGAGCUGUUGUCCUCAGGCCAGUCCAGGCAGGCGGCCUGGGACGACGUCCGGGUAAGGUACCAGUACUACAAGGACCUGGGGUACCUGAGGGACCUCACCCUCGACGACUACAUCAAGUGGGAGGAGUGGUGGUACAAGUACCAGGACUGGCUGGCCAACGAACGCCACUACGAGCACUGGCUCAGUUCGCAGAGUAGCGGCAGGCGGAGGGGCAAGAAGCGCAUACCGGCCACGCAACGUCUCAACUGAAGCGGCGGACGCCGUCGUUAAACGAGCUGUUUUUUGUGAUAUUUCACGAAGUUUAUUUUCUAACACUUGACUUUAUUCAAAACGUUUUUUUUGUCAGUCCGAAUCGAGGUAAGUAUUUCACAUUUCGUAACGCUUCGUAGGCUAGGGUUUUAAUUAUAGUUACAAGUGAUCCUUUUUUUUUUAAUUUUUUUUUCGCCUGGAUUAUCUUUUUAAAUAUACCGAUUUAUUUUAGAAUAUAAUUAUGUAUCUCUAUUAUACAUAUAAGAUGAUAGUAAAUGGUUAUUUAUUA